CACAAGCAUGGCGGAGGCUUCGACGUCGGCGGCCGCGGUCCCGUCCGCAGAGGAGAUUCUGGCCCUCUUGGAGGCACACGGUGGGAAGAUCGACGACACUCGAGCUUUGUGGACAAAGCCGAGCGGCGGAGAACCAGCGGGCGAGGAUGAAAAAGCCGUCGAAGAGUACUUUCGGUCGAGGGCCAACUGGCAGCUUGCACUUCAGGGCGUCCUCAACAGUCUGACAAGCAGAGAGAUGAUUACGUACAAGGUCCAGGACGAGAUUUCUUUCGUUCCCAGCGGCGAGGGACGGUCGAUUGCCAAGCUUGGAUCGCAAGAGGCCAGACUUUGGAGCGCGCUUCCAGCGGACUCUGAGCAAGGAAAGAGUGCCGAUGACCUCAAGACGGCACUCGGCGCCGACACACUCAAGAUUGGCCAAGGAAAGGCUUUCGCCAAGAAGUGGGUGCGCAAGCACCCAUCACAGCCCAACUUCCUUGCUCGCGUCCCUGGCGUUGAUGCUAUCACGGAUGAGACCGCCAAUGAUCUCAAGCAGGUGCAGGAGAAAGGCACUUUGUCGGACAACGCCAAGAUCACCGAGCUCCGGAAGAGGAAGCUGAUCAUCCAGAGAAAGCUGGUCUACUUCAGCAUCGCAAAAGGCCCCAAGUUCUCCCUCAAGGUCGAAAAGCUCGAGACAGACCUGACUGUAGAGAUGCUGCAGUCUGGCAGCUGGAAGUCGGCCGCCUUCAAACAGUACAACUUCAACGCCGAGGGAGCACCGCCCACUUCAGGCGCCCUUCACCCUCUCCUCAAAGUGCGCGAAGAGUUCCGGAACAUCUUUUUCGAAAUGGGCUUUACAGAAAUGCCCACGAAUCGCUUCGUCGAAUCGGAAUUCUGGUGCUUUGACUCUCUGUUCGUCCCACAACAGCACGCAGCAAGAGACGUGCAGGACACCUUCUUCGUGAAGGAUCCGCCGCGCGCUAAAGCGAUCCCGGAAGAUUACCUCGCCAGAGUGGCAGAAGUGCACGAAAAGGGCGGCUACGGAUCCACUGGUUAUCGCUACCCCUUUUCGCGCCAAGUCACCGAGAGGCUCGUCCUUCGGACACACACGACGGCUGUCUCGUCGGCUAUGCUCUAUGCUAUCGCGCAGCAACCAGGCGGCUUCAAGCCUGCCAAGCUCUUUUCAAUCGAUCGUGUCUUUCGAAAUGAGGCCGUGGAUGCCACCCACCUGGCCGAAUUUCAUCAGGUCGAGGGUGUUGUGGCCGACUACAAUAUCACCCUGGGUGACCUCAUCGGCUUCAUGCAGAUCUUCUUCAGCAAGAUGGGCGUCACCGACCUCAGGUUCAAGCCGGCCUACAAUCCGUACACAGAACCAAGCCUGGAGAUCUUCUCGUACCAUAAGGGCCUCAAGAAGUGGGUCGAGAUCGGCAACAGCGGCAUGUUCAGGCCAGAGAUGCUCAGGCCUAUGGGCCUGCCGGAAGGAGUCAACGUCCUUGGGUGGGGCCUCAGUCUAGAGAGGCCGACAAUGAUCCGGUACGGCAUUAACAACAUCCGUGAGCUGGUCGGACACAAGGUCUCAAUCGAGGGUGUUGAAAGGGCAGCCGCGGUCCGCUUCCCAUAAAGUGUCUCUACUAUUAGAAAUACAUUGCUUACAAUCCCUGAAAGUCUCUCUACUUCGUCAGUGAAUGGCGAGGUAGCGAUCAAAGAGCUGGGC